ACCCGGGGGCUGCGGAGGGUUGAGUGGGGAGUCCUGGGCAGCCCCGUCCCGGGGUGUGCGGGUCGCGGUGUCCCGGGACUGUGGACACUCGAGGGUGGGAUGGGGGGCGGUCCCGGUCCCUCCCGUCGGGGGCGGCCGCUGGGGCCCGAGGCGGGACGGGUACGGGAACGGGCGCACCGGUACCGGCCCUGACACCGACCCGCGGUACCGGGAUCAUGGCGGGGCUGGCGCGGUGCCAGCGCGAGGCCGAGGAGGUGGCGGAGCUGAUGCGACAGAACGUGGUGCGGGCGCUGGAGCGGGAGGGGCACCUGGAGCAGCUGCAGAGCCGAGCCCAGGACCUGCGACAAGCGAGUGAAGCCUUCACCCGCACCACACAGACGGUGACACGGCGCCAGCGCAGGAGACAUCGGCGGUGGCACCUGGUAGCCCUGGGCAUUGGCCUCCUCCUCCUCUUCAUCCUGGCUCUGGCACUGGCGCUGGCCCUGGCACGGUCAUCCCCCGGGACUGGCAGCAGCACUGUCCCCACCCCACAGGGGGGGACCAAGCACCCCCCCAGCACUGCAGGGACCCCGUGACAGAGCAGGGGGACACCCGAGGGGGCCCCAAGACAAAUAAACACCAGGAGCUGCUUGGGGAGACCCUACAAGAACAGUAAUGAACCACUGGGAUGAUCUCCAAGGACACUUUACAAUAAAUAAACUCCAAGAUCUGCUUUGGAGAGACCCUACAAUAAAAACCCAGCAAGACCCACUCCAGGGAAACACUACAAUAAGCACCAGGAGCUCUUUGAGGAGAUCCUACAAUCCCAAACCAAGGGGAUGAUUUCCAUGAAGCUCUUAUAAAAACAAAUGUGCCAGAGCCUCCAGGGAGACCCUACAAUUAAUAAACAUCAGAAUCUACUUCAGGGAGACCCUGCAAUAACAAACGAGCAGGAUGAUCUUUGGGAAGACCCUACAAUAACAAACAUGCUGGACCUCCUCUGGGGAAAACCUGUGAGAAUUAAACCCCCUUUUGUUUGGAGAGACCCUACAAAAACAAACCAGCAGGACCAUAUGAAGACACCCUGGACCCUGUCUGGGGAGACCCUACAAUAAACACC